AUGCGAAAACUCUUCGUCUCCGUGAUAGAGUCGGUUGAUGUUACAAAUCCAUGGAAGAGAGGAACGACCGAGCGUGAUGAUGCAGUGCCGCGUGCCGAAUUGCCAGGCCUUUGCUGCAAGAAUGGAAUGGAAUGCCGGCUCUUUAAAAACUAUCAGACAUCCUUCUGCUGGGAUCGAUUUACAACAAACUUCUACCUUAUCGAUGGCUCCUAUGGGAGUAUUCUGACUGGGAUUUACAACAAUUCUGGCGACAUUGUAGAUCUGAUCUCGGGAAAAUAUACACGCUCUAACGGCGAAACAGGAAAUAUCUACGCUGGCGACGAAGCCUCUAAACCUAAUACUAGCACAAUGGUGCUUCCUCCAGCUUGGACAAGCAAAGGUGUCGGAACUGCCAUUCCAGGGAGCGAAUUAGGAGGUGGAGCUACAUACACAACCACCAUCGCUGACACUACCAAGGGACCUGGGACUAUUCCGCUGUCAACACCUCCAGCAACAAAUACGCUUACCACGACAGGGCCAGGUCCAAAUGCAACAAGAUCACCGUCAACGGCGACGGGGGAGAAGAUAGCAACUAUCCCUGCAAUUAAAAGGACAUUCUGGCCUAUUUUGAUGUUUAUGGCGUUUGUGGAUGCAAGCCCAGAAGCUUUGGUCGUCGGCAGCAUGUGGUUUUCACGCCAAACGGGCUGGAAAAUGCGCUACCUAAAACUCAUCAUAUCGGCCAUGCUAGUUACUCUCACGCAAUCAUUGCCUGCCAACGCGUCUGCGAUUGAGACUCUAAAGAAGAGGAAGGUUUCCUACUUUAUCGGCCCAAACCAAACCAGCGUAGAGGGUUUCAUCCCGGAGGGUGUCUGUGAAAGUUUCAACAUCAUCUUUACCGGAGUCAGUGGCUCGCUUGAUAUUCCAUAUGGGACAUAUUGCAAUAUCUAUGAGUGUGUCCCUCCAAUAUCCUCCUCGAUCGUCCUCGUCAUAUUCGAACACACUCAACACUCUUCUAUUCUCCCAGCCCUCACUCUCUUGGUUAAAUUCAUCAAACCUAUGGAGUACGUACUAAACUCAGUCGAGGAUCAUUAA